UGGUCAGUGCCACAGCCUCCUACACUUAACAAGCCAUGAAGUUAAAAAGGCAACACCGCAAUCUUACCGCCAAGUGGUGCUGGUGCUGUUUGUUUUUAUAAGGGGCUGUGUCAGUGCACACAAGCAAAGUUUACAGUCAAGACAAGCUUGGAUAGGAUAUUUGAUAUUUUGUUUGCUGUGUUUUUAAAUCUUCCAAUUGGCUUCGCGUGGUUUGCCUGUCGUGUCUUAUAUUUUGUAUCAGUGUUUCUUUGUAUUUCAAAAUUGUGAUUUCUUCUGCCCUGUUCUCCAAAAAAAGACAAUAAUAGCACAACUGUGGAAGAUGUCAUCCAACAGCCAGGAAAUGCCAGGCUGUAGCACUGAAGAGGACUCUGCUCCAAAAGACGCGCCAUUUGAUCCUUCCAUUGAUGAGCUUAUUCAUGAUCAUGAUGAUGAGAGAACACUGGAUGAAGAAGAGGCUUUGGCUGCUGAUGAAGGUGAAUCCACUAACCAUGAAGCUGAAUUAUUGAAUCUGGAAAAGGAAUUAAAAAUGCCCAUAGAAGAAAUAAUGGCUCUAUAUGGGUAUCCUUAUACCGUCCCCCAACCACCAGUAGGUCUGGAAGAGACAGUAUUGAUUGAUUCUGGAGAUGUGGUAAAUAAACACUCGACAUUAAACCUUCUGUAUGAUAGCAAUAUUGAGGAUUCUGAUCUCCCAUCUGUUAAUUUAACCAGUGAUGAUGAGGAAGAGGGUGACUCAGAUGUAUUUUUUACUACCACAGUGGGACCAAAUAACCAAGCAGAUAUACCAGAUUUCAAUUGCAAUCAUGAAUUUGAAGAUGAUGAUCAGGACCAAUUGUUGUGGAAACCAUCGGAUUGCUUACUUGAUUCAGAAAUUGAAGAAUACAUAGAAAAAGUGUACCAUAUCUUUAAAGAAAAUGAACAAAUGCUCAGAGGUAACGAAGAAGGUCCACUCUAUCUUCUAAGUACCAUGGGAUACGAUAUUGACAAGGCCUUGAAAAAAGUGGAAGAAGAGGGUCUAGAGGCACUAAAACAUCCGAAUUACAACAUAAAAGAUUGGCCAGAAAAUAAGACUCAAAUGGAAUCUGUUUCGAAAGAUUUUCUCAAGGCAACAAAACAUUGUUAACUAACUCUUAGGAGAAAGUUAUUUAUGUUUUUUUUUUUUUUUUGUACUUAUCAUUACUCGUUCUAAGAAGUUUUUUUUAGUUAUAAUUUUCUGUUUAAUUGUACCUAUGAUUAUUUCUAAAAAAAUUAUUUUAUUUUAAGUUAGUUUAGUCUAUCAAACCAAAGAACACCUCUUUCGUUUGGAUUCAUGGCAUGAGAUGAUUGGUUUUAUUAGAAUAGCUAAGCUGGACUAUAACUAUCUUCAUCUCUAAAAAAGAAAAACGAAAUUUUUUUGAAAGUUAUUUUUCUUUGCAUUAAAACAUGUAAAGUGCCGCCAUGGAAAACAGAAAAUCGGGUUCUGAUGUCCCAAUCUGUUUUUUUUUUGUGUAAAAGUCAACUUAAAACCAUACACAUACUACUGCUGUAGUAUACUGUUCAAUUGAUCUGGUGGGUCAAAGCUGAGUACUGCGGCCGUUACCGUCUUCUGCUAGCCUUUGAUCCCCCACAGCCAUUGUGGAAAAUAUGCGUGUUCAAAACUGGCCGAUUGCCUAAACCCACCACAGCUUUUCACGUUUCAAAUUAUAGUAAUAUGUAAUUAUAAAACCAAACUCUUAUUAUGCCAGCUAAGCUUGACUAAGUACUGUUAUCUUAGAGAAAAGAUUUUGUUAAAAAUUAUUAAGGUACUUACUUAUUUUGAAAAGUGCUUUUGUUUGUUUUUUGCGUAAUAAUUAUAAAACCAAAUUCAUUUUUGACCAGCUAAGCUUGACCAUAACUACCUUCAUCUCUAGGAAAGAAUACUAUUUUUUAAGUUGUUACUUAUUUUGAAAAGAGUUUCUAUUUGUUUUUCAAGUAAUAAUUUUAAAACCAAAUUCCUUAGACUAGCUAAGCUUGACUAUUACUACUUUUUUUUUUUUUUUUUUUUACGGAUAUGCGCACUCGCAAGGAAAUGUCCUAUCACGCUCGAGAAGCGGCAAGUGCGCGGAAAUGACCUAAGAAGGAUUUUCUUCAAAUGUUUUAAAAUUGUUACUUAUUUUGAAAAAAAAUUUUGUUUGUUUUUUAGCUAAUAAUUAUAAAACCAACCUCUUACAAAGCUAGGAAAAAUUAUUCUUUCGCAAUAAUAAUGAAGAGGUGGACGAAACAAUCAGUAUUUAUCGCAGAAGGCCAGAAUCGCCUUAUAAGUUUAAGUUUUCUAUAUUUGUAUCAAUUAGUUGUAUUUUUAGUAAGUUAUUAUGUUUAAAAGCUCUAGCAGCCGUACUGCAUUUAAUAAUAAUAUGACGUUUUUCUAAUUAA